AUGACAGCCCUUGAGGUUCAGGUUAAUCAAAUAUGGGGCAAUGAGGAAGAAACUCAAGUAUUUGCUCACGUUCACGAUGAGAAAGGGUCUUGUCUUACUUUCCGCAUCUCUCAAAACAAUGCGCUACCCCUAAGUCGCGAGACCCGAGUCGUGGCGUGCUUUCACGACUUGCCGGUUGCGUCUUUUGACGAAACAUUUGAAGAGCGCGCUGCAACGCACGCGAUUAUUGAUCUCUAUGACGGUGAAGAGGGGACGAGGAACAUCAUCUAUCGUACGCCAAACCUCAACGGACCAUGCCCAGCCGCUGAUCAGUUCAUGCAUGAACGAGAAGUCUUCUACCGCACUAUUAAGACAGUCUAUUUGAUGCCACCGCAUCCUAACAUUCAACCUCCUCCGCGCGCUGUUGCCGUUGCGGGACAUUGGGAAGACCAAGGCCAGGCCCUCUUGUGUGGGACACUAUACCCGAAUCCAAAAUUUUGCGAGUUGCAGCAAAUGAAUGUCAAGAAGGAUUUGUAA